AGCUCCAGGGAGGAAUUCAGAGCUGGUGAGGGCAGCUUUGAAUUUCUGCUUUGAAUAAUCGGAGCCUGAACGCAGAAAACACCUUGCACGUGUGACUUUAUGUGCAUAAAAGACUUUGCCAUAAAAAUUGAUUUUCAGAGCAAGAUCUGCCCUCGUUUUUUAAUGACCUGAGUGUGGCUGAGCUGUAGCUUUCACUUAGUUAAGCUCAUUUCCCACCUGCUUUUCAUUUCGAGACCCGCCAUGGCUUCGGGGGUGGUUGUUGAGAGUUGCUUCGGUGUGUGAGGAUGAAAGAAAAAAGGGGGAUUUUUGGAGAAAAUAUGAAAAAAAGGUGGAUAUUUGGAAAAAAAUAUCAAACAGAAAAAUGUGGAUUUUCAGAGAAAGUAUGAAAAAAAUGUGGAUAUUUGGGAAAAAUAUGAAACAGAAAAAGGUGGAUUUUCAGAGAAAAUAUGAAACUAUAAAGGUGGAUUUUUGGAGAAAAUAUGAAACUAAAAAGAUGGAUUUUAGGGAAAAUAUUGUAUUUCUCUUGAGCUUUUGUGCCCGAGGUGAUGCCAGCCCUUUGUUGAUGCCCAGUGGGCUGCUGCCUGAGGACCACAAGCUCCAAUUGUCUGGGGGAGCGUGAGUGGCUCUGGCACUGAACACUGCAGCCAUUCAUGGGCGCUGCCUCGGGGCUCACAGGAACCUUUAUCCCCGCAGGGAAACUGGAAUUUUCCUCCAGGCCAGAAGCAACAAAGCCCAAGGGGGAAAUGAGCCCGUUCAGCAGGGAUUUGUUCCAUCCUGGGAAGGGCAGGGCACGACUGUAGGGAAGUCCCCUCUUCCCUCAGCCCAAGGCAGGUCCAGGAUGGAACAUUCCUGCUCGCUCCUGCUGCUCUGUGUUAGCUUCAUUUGUGCACGAGCUCUGCCACCCAAUGGAACAGAACUGCCCAAAACAACCACAACCACCAACUCCACCGAGGAGAGCACCUUGCACAAGGAGCUGCUGACCUCCCUGCUGAUCCUGGUGCUGGUGGUGAUCAUUUUCGUGGUGCUGGUGGGGUAUUUUUUCAGGUUCAGGAGACACAGGAAAGCUGUGGUCAACUCCGGAGACAAGAAGAUGCCAAAUGGGAUCUUGGAAGAACAAGAACAGCAGCGGGUCAUGCUGCUCAGCAGGUCUCCCUCGGGCCCCAGGAAGUAUUUCCCAAUCCCUGUGGAAAACCUGGAGGAGGAGAUCCGGAUACGCUCGGCCGACGAGGGGAAGCUCUUCAGGGAGGAGUUCAAUUCUUUAACGUCUGGAUAUGUGCAGGGAACGUUUGAAAUGGCAAAUAAGGAGGAAAACAGGGAGAAGAACAGAUAUCCCAACAUCCUGCCAUAUGAUCAUUCCAGAGUGAUUUUGACCCAAAUUGAUGGAGUCCCACCUUCAGACUACAUCAAUGCAUCAUACAUAGAUGGUUAUAAAGAAAAGAAUAAAUUUAUAGCAGCACAAGGACCCAAGCAGGAAACAGUCAAUGACUUCUGGAGGAUGAUCUGGGAGCAGAAAUCAGCCAUUAUUGUCAUGUUAACCAACCUGAAAGAAAGAAAAGAGGAGAAGUGUUUCCAGUACUGGCCUGACCAGGGCUGCUGGACGUACGGCAGUGUCCGUGUGUCCGUGGAGGACUCCAUGGUGCUGGUGGAUUACACCAUCCGCAAGUUCUGCGUGCACUCGCUCCAGGAGGGAUGCAAAGCUCCAAGGCUCGUCACACAGCUCCACUUCACCAGCUGGCCAGAUUUUGGGGUGCCUUUCACACCUAUUGGCAUGCUGAAAUUCCUGAAAAAAGUCAAGACCUUGAAUCCUGCCCAUGCUGGCCCAAUUGUGGUUCACUGCAGCGCGGGCGUGGGGCGCACGGGCACCUUCAUCGUCAUCGACGCCAUCAUCGACAUGAUGCACGCCGAGCACAAGGUGGACGUCUUCGAGUUCGUCUGCAGGAUCCGCAACCAGCGGCCCCAGAUGGUCCAGACUGAUAUGCAAUAUUCCUUCAUUUACCAAGCCUUACUCGAGUACUACCUCUACGGUGACACGGAGCUGGAUGUGUCAUCCCUGGAAAAACACCUCCAGACUUCCCACAAUGCAGCCCCAAACCUGGUCAAAAUAGGGCUGGAAGAGGAAUUUAAAAAGCUGACCAACGUGCGCAUCAUGAAGGAGAACAUGAGGACUGGCAACCUCCCGGCCAACAUGAAGAAAGCAAGAGUCAUCCAGAUCAUCCCCUAUGAUUUUAACAGAGUGAUUCUGUCCAUGAAAAGAGGGCAGGAGUACACGGAUUACAUCAAUGCUUCCUUCAUAGAUGGCUAUCGGCAGAAGGAUUAUUUCAUUGCCACCCAGGGCCCCCUGCCUCACACGGUGGAGGAUUUCUGGAGGAUGGUGUGGGAGUGGAAGUGCCACACCAUCGUGAUGCUCACCGAGGUCCAGGAGAGGGAGCAGGAAAAAUGCUGCCAGUACUGGCCAUCAGAGGGCUCUGUGACUCACGGAGAGAUCACGGUGGAAAUCAAGAGUGACAGCCUGAUGGAUGCCAUCAGUGUGAGGGACUUCCUGGUUACAUAUAAUCCGAGCAACCAGGAGAAGCAGAGCAGGCUGGUGAGGCAGUUCCACUUCCACGGGUGGCCGGAGAUCGGGAUUCCUGCCGAGGGGAAGGGCAUGAUCGACCUCAUUGCAGCUGUGCAGAAGCAGCAGCAGCAGACAGGGAACCACCCCAUCACUGUGCACUGCAGUGCUGGAGCGGGGAGAACAGGAACCUUCAUAGCCCUGAGCAACAUCCUGGAACGGGUCAAGGCUGAGGGGCUCCUGGACGUGUUCCAGGCUGUGAAGAGCUUGAGGCUGCAGAGGCCACACAUGGUGCAAACACUGGAACAGUAUGAAUUCUGCUACAGAGUGGUACAAGAUUUCAUCGACAUCUUUUCAGAUUAUGCUAAUUUCAAAUGAGAAUUCUGCCUUAUUUUUUAAUUUGUCUGUAUAAAUAGUUGUACAUUAUGUUAAUUUAUUCUGUGUCACUUGGGUUGUUGACUGAACUGUAAAUACAACGUUGUGCUGGCUCGAAAAGUUGCAUUUGCUGUAUAAAGUUGUUUCUUAAAUAUAAAUAUCUUCUAAAGUAAAGUAUAAUGUUCCUAUACUGUAUAGCACUGUAAGAUGGGAUAGAAAUCUUUAUUCUAAAUAACAAAAAAUUAAUUAUUGGGGGGUUUUUUCCUUUGAAUUUUGUCACUCAUAAAUAUUUAUCAACAACGUUAUCUCCCAAUUCCUGAAUUUUUUUUACAGCUCAUCCUAAAAAAAGUGAAUUUGGGUGCACAUGUUUGAACAUGUUUUGUUCACCAGGAAAAUAUGUUCACCAUGAAAAUAGAUAUUUAUUUUUCCAGGCUGUUUUAAAGAGCCUCCAGGUUUUGUUGGAUUUUGAGUCUUACUGUCCAUAGGAAAAAAUCAGUAGAAAUACAGAUUUGAAUUUUUGAAUUAACAGAACUUUCAAAGCCCUGUUCAUUUGGGUUUUUUUUUUUCCAGAUAUUGUUUAAGUCAACUUAGAAAGGCAAUAAUGUGAUUUUUAGAAUAUUUUGCAUAUUUGAAAAGUGUAUUUUGCAGCACCUGAACUUGUCUACUUGAAGAGAAAGGCCAGAAUGGAGUUAAAAGCUUCUCCUCUCUAUAAACACCUGCAUCAUUUCCCACUUCUUUAAAAUAAGAGAUGAACUUAUUCCUUGAUUUGACUCAGCAGGAUAAUUAAGAGGUAAAAAUUGGAAAAAAAAAUAUUUUAUGAGCAGUUUAAUGCCAGAAACAUUGAGUAUUGUAGCAAAGGUUCCUCCAGGUUGUUACCCUCCCAGAAAUGCUAUCAAAAAAAGACUUUCCAUAAGGGGUUUAGGGUGUGUACAGAGAUAUAUUUUUACUGAAAGUACUACUGAGAGUAGAAUGGGUGACAGAAAAUAUAAAAGUUUUUAUUACAGCCCUGACCAGGGGCUGGCAAAUCCCCCAAAAUCACAGGGCAGCUGAAUGUUGAGUAAUUACCAAAUUUAUCUCUCCCACCCUUCCGUUAAUGAGCACAAAGGGGUGAAUCUGUAAUUAAUUAAAUAACAGAUAUGCAGCAGCUCUGUCUCGUCCAGCCGGGCUUUGGCCGUGCAGCAUCAGAGCCUAAUCUCAAACAAGCAGCUUAACCCGAGCUUUUCCCUGCUGCUCUUGCACUAUUUUAUCCCAUUCCAGUAGAAUCUCCUCGCACCUUGGAGCAAUGCAAGGGGAUGGGAAGGUGCCCCUAGGUCUCCUUCCAUUCCAGCCGGGCUGGAAGAGGUUUGGGAUAGGAAUUCCUGAGCCCCCAGUCCCCACAGUGCCACUGGCUGUUCUUGUCUUCCAUGGCUGCGCUCCCGUGUUUAUCUGCACAGUAAAUUGUGCACUUCAAAAACGAGAUUGGUUAGAGACUGAACCUCGCUCGUGAGUCUCUAGGAGAAGAAACACUCAAGCCACAGGGCUGGGUACUGAAAUGGAGCUGAGGAAGGGAAUGUUCCUGAAACUCCAUCCGAAUGGAAAGAGCCAGAAUAAAUUCAGCCUGGAAAUGAUACAAGGGGGUUGAGUCUGAUUUAUGGCACAGCAAGACUCCCAGAGGCUGGAGAGGAAUGCAGAGGAAUUCCCAUCUUAUGAUCCUGAUGUCAGGAUCUUUCCAACCAUUUAGCCCACAUUUGAAUAACAAUUUGUCAGAAUUUGGGGUCACUGAGGUAAAAACUUGGGGUGAGUUGUCCAUGAAGUCAGUCUCAGUGCAGGAGACUCCAAAAGGUGGGAAAAUAAUGCAAAGGAAUUCCCAUUUUCUGAUCCUGAUGUCAGGAUGUUUCCAACCAUUUUGCCCGCAUUUGAAUAAUGAUGAUAAUAAUAAUAAUAAUAAUAAUUUGUCUGUUAGGCAGAUUUGUGGGUCCCUGAGGUAAAAAGUGGGGCUGUCUCAUGAGGUCAAUCUCAGUGCAGGUGACUCCAAAAAAUUGGAAGAUAAUGCAAAGGAAUUCCCAUUGUAUGAUCCUGAUGUCAGGAUCUUUCCAACCAUUUAGGGGGCAUUUUAAUAAUAAUAUUAAUAUUAAUAAUAAUAAUUUGUCUGUUGGGCAGAUUUGAGGGUCCCUUUGGUGAAAACUGGGGUUGUCUUCAUAAGUCAGUCUCGGUGCAGGAAGAUCCAAAAGGUUGGAAAAUAAAGGAAUUCCCACGUCAUGAUCCUGAUGUCAGGGUCUUUCUGACCCUUUCGCUAGCAUUUGAACAAUAAUAAUUUGUGUGUUGGGCAGAUUUUGGGGUCCCUGAGGUAAAACCUUGGGUUGAGUUGGCCACGAGGUUGAUCUCAGUGCAGCAGUGACGGGGUGUGAGGGUGUGGGGGUCCCACAGCCCCCCAGGAGCUGCAGCACAACUCCAGCUGCCCACGGGGCUCCCUAAAGGCCUCCCUCCAACCAGGAGCAGGAUGGAGUUCAGCUGGAGCACCAAAUCCCCGGUGGGUACUCAGAUUUUAGUUAAUAACCAGACUGAGACAUGGUGGAGGAAAGAGAAAUGCCUAGAAUGGAAUUCAGAACUCCCAGCUGUAGCUCCGUGAAGGUUUCUGUGGAACUUGAAGAGCUCCCUCGGCAGUCCCGGUGUGUGCUCGCUGGCUGGGGCUCUGGGGAGGGUCUUGGUGGACUGGAAUUUCCCUUUGGCUCUGCGUGGAGUUCCUUCAAAAGGCCAAAUAGUUGGAUUGGAAGUGUCCUUCUGAUCUGUCUGUGCUUUUGGUCACUGUGUGACUUGGACUGUUGAUGUGUUCAGAAGGUCCCAGCUCAGCACGGAAGCGUUCCCUUCCCAACGCCCUCAUCCCACCAUCCAUGGAUCCAUGGAUUCCCUGUCCCAAAGCAAUCCCUUAAAAGUGCUUGGCUGACUUGGGCCUUAAUGAAGAAUGCAUACUGUAAUUAGCAGUGUUUUUUAGGCUAUUUUUAUGUAUUUUUUAAACUUUUAAAAUGAGCCUGACCACCCCGUGUUCAGUCUUUUGAAAUGUUUGCGUUUCCCUCGUCCCAUUUUUCAUGUAAAGUUACUGGAACUUUUCUGUAUAACCAAAAUGUAUUUAAUUUGUCAAAUCUUUAUAAUAUAUGUAUGUAUUAUACAGUUUCAGCUCUUAUUAUUUUCUUUUCUUACGUUUCUAAUUUGAUCUUGCUGUGUUUUUAAUGCCGGUGAAUGUGGCUGAAUUAUUUGUAUAUGCAAAUUGCAACAUCUAAUACAUUCUGAUGCAAGAACAAAGCUUCCUUUUUAUUCUCCACCUGCAUUAUUUCCUU